AUGGGUGAUGAGAGUAGGGAGACGGGUGAUGAGAGAAGGGAGAAGGGAGAGGAGAGUAGGGAGAAGGGUGAUGAGAGUAGGGAGAAGGGUGAUGAGAGUAGGGAGAAGGGUGAUGAGAGUAGGGAGAAGGGUGAUGAGAGUAGGGAGAAGGGUGAUGAGAGCAGGGAGAAGGGUGAUGAGAGUAGGGAGAAGGGUGAUAAGAGUAGGGAGAAGGGUGAUGAGAGUAGGGAGGAGAAGGGUGAUGAGAGAAGGGAGAAGGGAGAUGAGAGUAGGGAGAAGGGUGAUGAGAGUAGGGAGAAGGGUGAUGAGAGUAGGGAGAAGGGUGAUGAGAGUAGGGAGAAGGGUGAUGAGAGAAGGGAGAAAGGAGAUGAGAGUAGGGAGAAGGGUGAUGAGAGUAGGGAGAAGGGUGAUGAGAGUAGGGAGAAGGGUGAUGAGAGUAGGGAGAAGGGUGAUGAGAGUAGGGAGAAGGGUGAUGAGAGUAGGGAGAAGGGAGAUGAGAGUUGGGAGAAGGGUGAUGAGAGUAGGGAGAAGGGUGAUGAGAGUAGAGAGAAGGGUGAUGAGAGUAGGGAGAAGGGUGAUGAGAGUAGGCAGAAGGGUGAUGAGAGUAGGGAGAAGGGUGAUGAGAGUAGGGAGAAGGGAGAUGAGCCUGCCGAUAAAUGCUAA